AAAUAGGCGGGAGCGCGGUUGACUUUGUUGCGAGUGCUAGCUUCACGCUCAGGCGAGCCCGAUUCAGCUCGUUCAUUAUUAACAUAGUCAUAGUCCAUGUUAGUAUAGAUUUAUUACGCUGAAUAAUUUAAUGAUGCCGGCUGACUUGGUGUUCUGGUGAGAUAAAUGCUUGUCCGGUGUUGCUUGCGGAGGACUACGCGAGGUAAUGUUAGCAAGCUAACCAGCUGUCAUGACAUUCUGGAAAAAACGGAGGUUCAGGACAAAAUGAUCAAUCCAGAGAAAGCGGAAGAGGCCAAAUUGAAAGCCAGAUACCCAAACUUGGGGAAUAAACCCGGGGGCUCAGAUCUGCUUCGAAAACGGCUUCAGAAGGGGCAAAAGUACUUCGAUUCGGGCGACUACAACAUGGCCAAAGCCAAGGUAAAGAACAAGCAGCUGCCGACGGCAGCGGCACCCGAGAAGACCGAGAUCACGGGGGACCACAUCCCCACACCCCAGGACCUGCCCCAGAGGAAACCCUCCCUUGUGGCCAGUAAACUGGCAGGCUGAUGGCUCGCUAUAUGCACCCCCAUCCUAUCACGAGCUUGUAACAUUACCUCUCCCAACCCCUCACAGGACCUCCUGUUUACCCACUCAGCAGGAAAUGCUUUGCUACCUUUCAAAUUCUUUUACCUUCCCUAGACUCCACUGGCUACUUAUCCAGCUCUAGUAUAGUAUCACACCCUCCUUGCCCCUGUCUCUUCCUUGUCAUGUAUCAUUUCCAUUUGUCUCUAUUCUUCUCAUGUAAGAUACACUGAAAGACAGCACGUCAAUGAGGGUUAAAUUCCUCAAGGCGUCGGAGUGUGUGUUUGUGUAUAUAGUAGUACAUUUCAUUUUGUUAGGCUUGGUGGCAGACAUCAGCCUUUUAGUAUUUUAAAUCCAGUUUGUAUUAUCCUUGGCUGUUUUCUCUUAAUUAAUGCAGGGUCUCCCCCGAACUUGGAACUCUUGUUCCUCUCCAGAUCCCAAACUUUAUGAAAAUGGAACCUCAGUUCACAACAACAUUUUCAAAGAAAUAUUGCCGAGUUUCUGGCACUAUGCUUCAGUUGAUGAACAGUCUUUUGCAUUGAUGUGAAACGUUCAGUUGUUUUUCUCUCACACAGCGUGAACGUUGUUCGCUUCGUCUGUCACAUAUUUAACAUACAGAUAUGCAUCAUUGUUUUUUGCUCUAAAUUAGCCCUGAGUAAUGCCUCGCAAGAAAGUUAAGUGUUGAUAUGAAUGUAUCUCACUAAAUUGGAUGCUUUUAUUUCCGGUUAUCCCCAACAAAACACCUCUGAAUGGAGCUCCAAGCCUUGGGCAUUUCUGCCAUUUGGGGUUAAUCACAGUGGCAACGUGACAAGAUUUCCCAAAAAUGGCUUCUGUCAAAAAUGCUGAGUCUGGUUGAAAUGGAGACUUAAACCCAAGUACAUGCACCAAGAAUUUUGAAAAUCACAUAACAGUUUCUGGAGAACUCAAGAUUUUUUGUGUCGAGGGGAAAAAAAAAGCCCGUUUUGGGGAACAUUUUUGUAUGAUAUCUCGUCAAAAAUCGGGUCAAAAAAACACCUUCAAAUUUGUGUAAAACAGUAUAACUUUCUCUAUAUAUCACCUGGACCCUUUCGUUUCGUCUGCUAUUUGGGGAACCCCGAGAAUGGCCGACACGUUUCAGUUAAACAUAUCCCCCAAUAUGCUCGUACAGACCGUGAAUUCUGAGGGUUUUUCAAGUCUAUGUCAAAAUAACUGCCGUUAUUGACAAAAUUGACAAAAUUUCAAAAUUGACAAAAUUUCAAAUGGCGUUACUUGCCUUAAAAACUCGACUUAAAUAGUGCAAAUGGAACAUUAUUCAUGGGAGGAGCAGUGUGGGUAGUAGAAUAGGCCAUGUAUGUCAGUAAUCAAUUGUCCCCCCCCUGUAUUUAUGUGUGAUGGUGGAUUUUAGAGGUGUUUGAAGUGCUCAUUCCAUGUUUUUGAGAAAAUUCCACAGAUGACAGACUUGUCACAGCAAUGGGGGCUCCCGGCCAAGUGUGGUCACGUCAACCGGAUAGGUCCAGUCAUGGGCUCUGCUGUGCACUUCACACCGGGUGUCUGCACCGGUCGUAUGAUGAUUUUGCUUUGUUCUGGGACUGGAACAGAUGGAUUGAUAUAUUUUCUAUUUUUAAUGGGAAAAGUCGCUUCCGUUCGCCAACAGUGUUAAAACAAAUUCAUGUACUGAGGUUCCAUUUUAUAUUGCCAUUACUCACUAAAUCUACACACACUGUACAUAAACUAAUAAAGAAGCAAAUGCACUAGAAUUUCAUUCAAAUUGCAUAUGGUGUAGCUUUAGAGUAUUCACAGUGCUUUUUCCACAUUUACAGCAUGACUCCAACAUCAAAUAAAAAAAUUUUGUUUUAUCAA